GUAAAGAGCGAGCGGACAGAAUGAGUUUCACUCCGAGCUGCAGUUGUGGCCACACUGGUUCUUAAAGCAGUAUUAAAAUAGACAGUGUCCAUCUGGAUUUGCGUCCUUUGUGAUUUUGCUCUGCUCAGCAGCCAAUGUGAGGCUGCAGCUACUCCUCCAUCAGCUUUUACUCAUCAAACAAUCACCACUGACUGGCUGCGGUACAGAUGUUAGGAGACAAGGCUCACGGUGUGACUUUGAAGGUUAUGGAAUACACAUAUGAUGAUGACCUUGAAGAGCUGUGUCCUGUGUGUGGAGACAAAGUGUCUGGAUACCACUACGGUCUGCUCACUUGUGAGAGUUGCAAGGGCUUCUUUAAGAGGACGGUGCAGAAUAACAAGAGGUACACAUGUGCGGAAAACCAGGAGUGUAAAAUAGACAAGACCCAGAGGAAGAGAUGUCCUUUCUGUCGCUUCCAGAAAUGCCUCAACGUCGGGAUGCGGCUAGAAGCGGUGCGAGCAGACCGCAUGCGUGGGGGGAGGAAUAAAUUUGGCCCAAUGUACAAGAGAGACAGGGCCUUGAAGCAACAGAAGAAGGCUUUGAUACGAUCCAAUGGUUUCAAGCUGGAGAGCGCAGCUCUUCCACCAGCAUCUCCGCUGCAGACUGACUAUGGCUUCACCGGCACCCUGCACACGCUGCCCACCAUUUCCAAAAAUUUGCUCCCCUCCACCCCAAGCUCCAUCACCCCGACAGACUACGAGGCCACCCUCUAUGGACCCCCAUCCUUAGGCAUGGCCAUGCAGUCCCACAUGCCGAUCACUAGCCAGUACCAGUACACAGCCUUCCCUGGCAGGGCAAUUAAAGCUGAGUGUCCUGACUACACCAGCUCACCUGAGUCUCUGACAGGAUACCCCUACCCAGACAUGUACCCCUCAGCCUCACCACAGCCGACCAGCCUGCCACCACUGGUGCUGGAGCUGCUGCGCUGUGAUCCAGAUGAACUGGUGGUGCAGAAUAAGAUUGUGACUCAUCUGCAGCAGGAGCAGAGUGGCCGGGGCCGGCUGGACAAGCCCAGCACCUUCAGUCUAAUGUGUCGCAUGGCAGACCAGACUCUCUUCUCCAUAGUGGAGUGGGCUCGAAGCUGUAUCUUCUUCAAGGAGCUCAGGGUGGGAGAUCAAAUGAAGCUGCUCCAUAACUGCUGGUCGGAACUCCUGGUCCUGGAUCACAUUUUCAGACAAGUGCAACAUGGAAAGGAAGACAGUAUCCUGCUGGUGACCGGCCAGGAGGUGGAGCUGUCAUCCAUCCUGUCCACAGCUGAGGUCACUCUGUCCGGUUUGGUGCAGAGAGGUCAGGAGCUGGCGGCGAGGUUGCGGGUGCUGCAGGUUGACCGCAGAGAGAUCGCCUGCAUGAAAUUCCUCCUCCUGUUCAACCCCAAUGUGAAGCUGCUGGAGAACCAGGCAUUUGUGGAGGGUGUCCAGGAACAGGUGAAUGCGGCUCUGCUGGAGUAUACCCUGUCCACCUACCCUCAGUUCCAGGAGAAGUUCAGCCAGCUGGUGAUGCGGCUGCCAGAGCUGCGCUCCCUCAGCACGCAGGCCGAGGACUACCUGUGCUACAUGCAUCUGAGCGGAGAGGUGCCCUGCAACAACCUGCUCAUUGAGAUGCUGCAUGCCAAACGAGCGUGAGUGUGAGGCAUGUGCGCAGAAGGCUCCCCCGUCAUGUGCUGUUUGUUUAAGUGAGUGUGUAAGGGAGAGUGUGAGAGAGGUGAACAAAAUCUAAGGAGAUACACAGGUUCGUACUGGGUCAUCUUAGUGAGUUGAGUUGAGUUGAGUUGGAGAGGAGAAAAUGUUCUUUUGAGUUUGGAGUUAUAAAGUGCCAUCUCUACUCAAAGCAGUUUGGCUAUUUUGAAUGUUAAUGUUUUUAUAUCCUUGAAAGCUCCAUUAACGGGACCUUUGUAAACUGGAUUUUCUGCCCUGUUUUCAAAAACCUAAAAAUAAGAUCGGCCUGUAGAGCUGCAUUCAAUUCUCUUUUACCAAAUAUAACACAAAUCCAAUGGCACCAACAAGAUUUCCUACGUCCCACAGCUGCCCAGCAAACAUUUAAACUCAGUGAUACUGAUAGGAUGUUUUUAAUGUGAGAUUGGGUGCUGGGUGAGCUGAUGUCCAUCUGUCACGAAACAAGAUGGGACUAUUUGUAUGAAAACAUCUGAUGGUUGGGUAGCUACCGUGCACCUUAUGCGACCUUAUGAUACCAAGAUCAGCAAUGUUGUUCCCAGAUUAUUAUUAUUAUUAGAUUAUUAUUUAGAUGCAUACAGACAUCAGGGUUUUAAACACUGUGGUCUUGUCAGACUAGAUUAAAACUGCUCUUAUCUCUGUAUUUGUUCUUCAAGUCACUAACCUUACAAAAAAAAUUAAACGCUGUGGCUCAGUAUAGUUUUACUUUAAUCUAUUUAGAUGUUAAUAAAUUGGUAUAUCAAAGCCGGAUAUGUUAAGAGAAAUAUAAUUUUUCAUCAAACUCUGAAAUAGAGAGGGAGAGGGACACAGGCAAAUAAAGGAGACGGUAAACAGAGAAACUGCACUCAGUAUACACCGUGCUGUGUGGGUGAAAAAAUAAAAGGAAUUCAGAGCAGGGAGGGGAGGGAGAAAAGACACAUCAGUGUGCUAAUUGUAAGAAAGAGACGAAUGAAAACAGAAAACGUGUGAAAGCAAGAGGAAGCAUCCGUGAGUGUUUGCCCUUCAGCAAAGAUGACACAGGGAGGGAAAAGAUGCAUCUGGCAACAUUUGGUUUCAAGUUUCUUUUCAAAAUGUAAUUUAUUUAGUCCAUAUCUCAAGAAAACAACAGGCCCUCAAAAAAGAAAGGUUACGUUUGUGUCACUUUUCAACACACUGACUCACAAUUAACUUAUCAUCGGUGCUGUUACUGAGACGGUUGUUGGAGCACAUAAUGAAAAAGAUGACAUUUUCCGAACAUAUACCUUCUGUAAUUAAUGCUGAUGUGCUAAUAUUUCCUUGUUGUCAUCAAAUCUUCCCUGCCCUGUGUUUGACUGACAGCCAAGUCCACUGGUUCCUGCUGAAUACAUAAACCAUUAGAAACCUGUCAGUUUCUUUUUUCCUUUCCUGAAACAGCUGAUCAAAUGUCACUUGUCGGGCAGUAUUUGUAAUUUCACUUUUCAAUGUUGGCAUUAUAGUAACUCUUGACAGCAACAACUCACUGCAUGUUAGCAGUGAAGGACAGUCAUCUUGUUCUGCUUGGUCUCCAAACAACUUGGUCUAUACAAAGCAAAGGAUGCUGGUUAACUUCAGGUUACUAAAUGUCUUUGGUCAAGUUUAGGGGAAAUCAGGAUUAUGAUUUAAUACAAAGACGUUAAACCUAUCCCAUCUCUGUCUUCUUCUUGACUUUCUCAAUAUUCAACCCAAGAUCUGUCCCUGCAGCUGUGCUUUGAGAGGCCUAAACAGAACCACAAAGUCAUAAAUCAUGUUUGGUUGCCAAAAGCAAUUAUUGUAAGAAAAAAUAUAUAUAUGUUGACAAUGUGUUUUGCUGAUAUAUUUAAUAUGAAUAUUUUAUUUUAAAGAUUGCUCAUUCUUAUGUUGAUUAAACCCAUAAUUCUGGUGGUAUUUCAUUCCUUAAACUGAACUCUGUAGGACACUGCGUAUAUUCCUUCAUUCAGUCUUUAAUUGAAGUUGUUUCCAUUUCUGUAAGAAAGAGUGGGUUGGUUUAAUAGUAGUGAGCGACGCAUCCGUCCUGGUGACACCAUUAUUACUUCAUGUGGAAGUUGCGUUUGCCAGGAGAAAAACAUAAACAUCAAAAUGUGCCAUUUUUUAAAAUUUUUUCACUAACUUGUGCCACUGAUCCAAUCUCAUCCACAUUUGUCUCAAUUUUUUGUUUCUCGUGCAUGUUGCAGUUAUCACUGAGCACAGCAGCCAAGCUAUUUGAAUCAUUAUAGAGAUGAAAGAUGAACACUAUGAUCCAGUUGAGGAGACAGUAUUAAAUACACAUCAUGUUCUAUUUAAAAAAAAAAGUAAAGUGUUCCAUCCAGAAUUUUGUUCUUGUCAGGGUGAUCAUCAUUGGCAACUGAUAGGAACAGUCACUGACAUAUUCCUACGUAAUGUAUAGAUUUCCAACAGAAUAUCCUAUCGGGCAAUUGGUGGACAACAUCUCUGUCCUUACUGACCCUAGAACACUGUACAGUGUAUCUGUAGCAGUCAGUGUUCAUCUGUGUUGAAAAGAAGCAUAUGUAUUUUGUCUCCAGAUGUGUUAAACCCUGUUUGAAAGCCUGUCUGUCUGCGAUGAUGACAAUGUAACCGAUAAUGACUGUCAGUGGAACCAGCACCACCUGAGAAACAAAGACACCGUUCACCCAGUGUUUGUAAGAUUGUGCAGCUAAACUUUCUCAAUGUGGAUAUUUAGAUUCAUUCUAAGCGCAUCCAUCGCCGUGGCACAUUUCAAGGUGUCGUAGACAAUCACUCCACCUGCCUUAACUUAAUGUCUAAGAUACACACACACCAGGUUAUUCCAGUUGAGAGAGCUGUGUAAUCACUCUGUACAGUAUAUUUAUGUUGUGAAGUGAAUAUCUACUGCAAGAUGAAGAUACAUUUCAACACAAAAAGUUCUCCGCUUAAUGUCGAGGUCAAAAUGCUACUGUGGUGGAACUGAUUCCCUUGAUAUUGCCUUUGUUUUUGAUCACUUCUUUCCUUCCUGUGAGUUCACAGUCUGUCCCAUCUUUAACUGAAGUGAAGAGAAAGUGACCUAAACAUUUUGUUUUCUUUAUAUAUAUUUUAUUGUAAUAGCAUCAUAACAAUAAAAUAAAAUUCAAUGAAGAAAA